AUGUCUUCUUCCCACGACCAUCUUGGACUGGUUGAGCUGUCAGACCCCACGAAAAUGUCACGAAGUCUUGGUGAUUAUCACAAAACAUCGAAGGAUGGAAGCGAUGAAUUGGAAUUGGAAUCGGAAAGUAUUCGAGGAAAGGAAUUGGAGAAUCGUCUCCGACAACUCGUCGAUUCUGGAGACACCGACGGCGCCUACGGACCCGAAUUCAUGAUGACAACUCGAGAGAUACAGAAGAUUUCCCGACAAUCUCCGAUUACAUUAACUUCCGAUGAAAUCAUUGAGUUGGGAUUAGGUCCAUUAACUCCACUAGAACUGAGGAAUCAUGAGUUGAGAAGAACACGUAAAGUAUACGUCAUGUUGAGUGUCCAGACAAAAGAAGGAUUCAUUGUGACGAGAAAAGAGAAACGGCGGAUUAUCGAAGAGGCGAAACUUCUGAAAGCGCAAGCUCGUGCGAAAGCUGAAGGCUCAAAACAAGUGAUUUGCCUUCCACCUUCUUCUCCAAAUGCAUGGAAACCACUACGGCAGAGAGCUGUUCAGAAUGUUCCCGAUGAGGAGGCAGCAAUAAGAAAUAUCUGUGGGAAUGUUCGAGCUCUUCUGAACAAAGUGACACCCACUACAAAACGAUAUUUCAUUGAUGAAUUCCUUUCCUACGAGAUAUCAUCUACUCCUAAAUUGCUCACUGCUGUUGUUGGAGUUGUGCUGGAGAAAGCGGUUUCUGAUCCGAUGUAUUGUAAUCUCUACGUUCAAGUUUGUCAAGCGAAAGUAGCACAAGAUAUGAGAUUGUCCAAAAAAUCACUUCUUGAAGAUGCAAUUUCGGCUACAGUGACUCAGGUCUUUCGGAAUUCUAGAAGUAGAAAGUCGAAAAAACAAGCAGAAAUUAGAGAAGAAAACGAUUUGACAAAACAAAAAGUAAAUGGUUCGAUGGAUACUCAAAAGUUACAAGAGACAAGGUUAGGAUUGGUGACAUUCAUCGGUGAGCUCUACUUGAACCAUUCUAUGGAGAAAGAACAAAUAACUGGAUAUCUCUGGGAACUUCUGAAGUCAGUGAGAAGUCGUGAGAACCAGAAACGACCGAUAAAGAAGGACAAUGUGAGUCAGACUGAAGUUUUCUAUGGGCUACAUCUUCUGGAAUUGGUUGGAAAAUUGAUGGAUAGAGAAUAUAAAUAUCCGUUUUCGAAUCGUUUUAUAAAGUUAUUGAAAGCUUCGGAGAACGCUCUAUCGAAUAAGAAUCGAUUCAAACUUAUGGAGUUAGUGGAUUUGAAAGAAAGAAGAUGGAGACCACGAGUAUCGAAUCAUCUGAAACCCAAAACUAUUGGAGAGAUUCGUAAGGAUAUGGAGAAGAAAAUGAAAUACAUUGCACAGAAACAAGAAAAAAAGAGCGUUAAAAGUGUUUGGAUGACAAUCCUCCAUUUGCCGGACGUCUCCAGCUCUACAUCUUCAUGA